UCCAUUUCGAGUAAUGUACGGCCUAUGGUCUCUCUGCUGACGCCUAUAGAGGCAGUUGGGAAGGGGAAGCAUAAACAUAAAAACGAAUGUUAGCCAGGACGGAUAGCUUCAAGUAUGGCCAGGACAACGCAAGCCGCUUCUUCUUAGUUCUUAUACCAGCUCUUACUUAUCAUAACUGAUAUCUUAUUCCAAAGUAUCAGAGAUAACGUCGUGUAAAGCGCCAUAAGCUUACUCACCAUCACCAUCACCAUGGUGGCUGUAACGCAAACAAAGCCUUGGUUGGUCCAGAAGUAUGGCGGUACCAGCCUGGGAAAGCUAUUGGACACGAUAUGCUGCAAGAUAAUUCCCCAAUACAACGCAGGUCACAAUCUUAUUGUUGUCUGCUCAGCCUUCUCCGGAACUCUGAAAGCCAGCGGGACGACAAGUCUGCUUCUUCAGUGCAUAACAUAUGCAGAGGAGGGUUUCGACGCCCAGAAGCGGCUGAUCGACUUGGUGGACCUGAUUAAGGACAACCACCUGGCCGUGCUGAAGGCAUUUAUGAGCUCUCACGCACGGACUGCGGCGCAUUCGCGGAUUUACGAGGAGACGGUCCACGGUGUUCAGAAUGAAUGCGAGGGUCUCAAGAAGUUUCUACUUGCCGCUCAGAUCAUCGGAGAGUUAUCAGCGCGAUCGAAAGAUCGGGUCAUCUCUCUAGGAGAAAAGCUCGCGUGCAUGAUUGUUGCGGCUUGCCUGUCCUGCAAUGGCACACCAGCGAAAGCUGUAUGCCUAGAUAAUAUUAUAUCGUCUGCUUUUGGUAGCUCUAUCAACGACCAGGUAGCCGCAUUCGAAAGGCUAGGUCCCAGGCUUUACCGCGUAUUAGCAGACCAAAUAGCCGGAAGAAUUCGAGAAUGCGGAAACGCAAUCCCUAUUGUGACAGGUUUCUUCGGAAUAAUGCCGGACUCGUUGCUUCAAACAGUGGGCAGGGGAUACUCGGACCUCUGCGCAGCCAUGUGUGCGGUAGCAGUGGGAGCAGAAGAGCUGCAGAUUUGGAAAGAAGUCGACGGCAUAUUUACGGCAGACCCGAGAAAGGUACCUUCGGCACGGCUACUAUCUACAGUAACAGCUGAAGAAGCAACGGAGCUGACGUAUUAUGGAAGCGAGGUUAUCCAUCCAUUAACGAUGGAUCAAAUUCGGGACGCCGGCAUACCGUUACGUCUGAAGAAUGUGUUCAAACCUUCCGGAAAUGGCACUAUCAUAUAUCCGUCGAUGGAUAGUUCAGCCCCCAACAGUCCAGCCAGCGCAUCAUCCGACGGUUCAGAAGGCUCUCCUCGAGUAAUAGCACCCUUAUCGAGCUUCAUGCUAGAAAACGGCUACCACGGGGCACAGCAAGAACGCAGGAGACCAACCGCAGUCACAGUUAAGGACGACAUCCUCCUCAUCAACGUUGUUUGCAACCGGAAUACCAAGUCGCAAGGGUUUCUCACGCAGGUAUUUGAUCGUCUUGAGAGGACCAAGAUCCCCGUAGAUCUCGUCGCUACGAGCGAGAGGCACGUCAGUCUUGCGGUCCAGGCCCCCAGCGAUCCGAGCGCGUUGCUGAGGCUUCGGGAGGAGCUGGAGCGGUUCGGCCAGGUCGCUAUCACUUCGCACAUGUCCAUCGUCACGGUAGUCGGCCACAAAAUGCGCAACAUGGUCGGCGUGUCUAAUGAGAUCCUAUCGGCGUUGGCUUCUGCUCAGAUCGACAUCUACCUGAUAAGCCAAGGGGCCAGUAAAGUCAACAUAUCGCUCGUGGUAGAGGCGGACAACGCGCUCGCGGCGAUGAACGCGAUACACAGCGAGGUGCUCAAGAUUCCGACGCACAGGGAACAGGAAAACCGGUUCAUCCCAGGUAAGACCUUUUUUUCUUUUGGUUUUUGUUUGUUUGAUUACCUAGUAUCUCUUCACUUGCCCCUUGCCCUCCCCCGGCACGAGCUGCCCUUUCAGAUACACACAAACACACACAAACACACGCAUAGAGAGAGAAAGUGAAACACAGAGACACGGGAAGCUGAUACGAUCGAGUAGGACCGUGGCUAUAUUAAGUCGCUCGCUGGAGCAGGCACCCGCAGUAGGACAGAAGAGAUAUUGGGAAAGCGGGCUAGCUUAGCUUAGCUACCUCCUAGUAACUAUGCAUAUCACUUAGAUGAUGAUGAUAGACAUUUACCAGGGAGAGAGUCAAGACUAUGGGGCAAGCUGCUUUUCUUGUCUUGUCUUGACUUGACUUUUCGAAAAAGAAUGUCGUGCGCCCUCGGCUCUCAAGUUUGGUUGUAUAUAAGGUCAAAAUAGUAGUUGGAGCCUUGGUGAGGGGCUCAAGAGGCUUGGGGGUUGUUUUGAGAAUUUCCCGCUUUGGGAAUUUUCGGGGAUACGAGUGAAGGACCGAGAGUGGGAGGAGGCAGGCAAGGAAAAAGCAAUACCCCUAUUUGGACAUAAUGAACCUUCGAGUACAUAGCCUUUAAACGCAUAUAGCUACUCGCUUUUUGCUAUGUUCUGUUUUGUACAAUAUCGUGUUUAAUUGGCAUGUC